AUGAAGGAACGCAUCACCUUCGUUCACCCUCCAGGGGGUGAGCUUGACCCGAAAGGCUUCGACGUGCAAGCUACUGGACUGCUUGGCCCGACCAUCACUACCGUGCGUGAGGACAGAUUCACCAUCCCUAUAGAUGAGAUUCCAGCCAAUAUUGCCUUGGUAUUGCGCCAAUAUAGCUCUCUGCAGGUUCGAUGGGCCAGUCCUCUACAACAGAAGACGAUCAGCCCGUUUAGCUCCCGUAUAUCGCCUGGGCUCCAUGUCGCCUACAUACCAGCAAAACAGACACCCGCAGACGCAUCUAUACUUUGCUCUCUGCUACAAGCCUUCGGGCCCGUUGGAUGCGAGUCAAGAGAGGCCUUUACGGAAUUUCAGCGGAAAUCACACCAGCCUAUAAAAGGCUAUUACUUCCAUCAGCAUAUUGAAGCAUUGAAUGAAUUUAUUAUAUACGUUUCAACCACAUUUUGCACAGAGGCCGAUUCAGAGUGCCAAGCAAGAGUUCGAGGACUGGACGCCGCUGCUUCGCUUGAUAUCACGUAUGAUGCAGAUGAGCAAACGGCUAAGCUGACAGCUUUCUGGCCAUUGCGAACUCAAAGCCUAGUAGCGCUAGCUGCUGAGAAUCGACGCACCGAAGUCGGCAUCAUGGGACUGGACGAGCCCCCCAACAUGAAAUCGCAUGAACUAGGUGUCUCUGGCACCCUUACCGUCCUCAAAGAACAAACAAAGCCAGGUCCGGUAUUUUUUGCCUUUCCUGCUCGUCACAGAGAUAGCCAUGCAUCGUUCUCGUCCAGAUUCGCAACGCCCACGGGCCUGCACCCUACCAUGCAGCUUGGCUUCGAAUCCAACAAGCCGCCGGCUGACGAUGGCAGCUGCAAAAUGUACGCGUAUCUGACUCUGCCGAGGACUAUUUUUGCAGACAGGUACCAGCUGGCCGAUGAUCUGUUUCUAGCCUCCAAGAACCUGACAGCAGCUCCGUACACGAGCCUCCCAGUUGAUUUGGAAGCCCCAGAAUAUACCACAUCAGUUUGGGGCUCUACAGUCUUGCUACAGCUUGCACCUCCGGCGAUGCGGGCGGAUCCCGACGCGUGGACAGCCGAGGUGCCCCUCCAUCUCCGCUACCUCAAACCUUCGGAGACGGGCGUCGUGAAUAUUGAAGUUCCGUUUCCUGCAGUAUUUUGGGCGUGCGGACCUGUUGAGUCUGUGGAUUUUACCAAGAGCCCUUUUGAUAGGAUGCAUCUGGGAUACGAUGAUCUUUUCAGAGACGGAACAGUGUUUUGGCAUGUCCACCCCAGAGCGCAAGAGGGAAAUCACGUCAUGGAGAGCCGACUCAUGAGCAGAAUCUCUGUUCCGGUUCUCAACAACAGCGCAUCAGGGUGGAUUGGAAUUGCAACUACAGCCGCCAUCUCAGUCGGUUUUGCGUGGAUUCUGUGGAAGCUGCUCAGCGCCUUCAUGCAGCAUGGACACAAGAAUGAUGCAACGGACGAGCCUGCCAGUGGCAGCAGCGCGAAGAAGGACAGCAAAAAGAAGAAGCAAUGA